AUGGCAGACUUUCACGGAGACUUUCAUAUUCUCCCCUAUCCCCUCCCUGCCGAACUCCAAAGGAGACAAGCCUACCGCUGCGACAGAUAUGGAAACUGCUAUGAGCGCAGCUCGUGGUACUACUGGGGCCGCUGGGUCCUCGCUGCCGUCGUAGUCGGUGUUGCGUUGCUCAUUCUCGUCAUAUUAGGUUGCAUGAGCUCUCGUCGUCGCAGAAAGCGCGGCAUGACCCCCUUUUACGGCACCGGCUGGAUGAGCAACAACCAGAAGUAUCACCCGCAACAAGGCACCUACGCCUACAACCAGAACUACAAUAGCCAACAGGGCACCUACGGCUACGGUCAGGGGUACCAGAACCCGCCCCCAGCCUACGGCCAGCAGCAACAGCCCCAGUACACCGGCACCACCUUCAAUCCCAACGAUGGCUACUACGGCGGGCACAACGAGGGCAUCCACUUGCAGCAGCCACAGCACUCGUACCAACGUGACGGGGUAUAUUCGCCUCCUGCAGGCCCGCCUCCGGGAAAGUAA